AUGUUUAGUCAAGUCAAAGCUAAAUCUGGAAAGACGUUGAAUGGAUCUUCCUGUACCGAGGCUAUAAUCAUAAACACAAUUCCUCUUCUGAUCGACGGAAAAGAAGUACUUCAUGAAUCACAAGAUGACACAUUCAAAGUCUAUCAUCCAGAACACGGAAAACAAACCAGCUUGGUUCAAGGUGCGAAUGAAGAGACAGUAGGUAAAGCUAUAGCCGGCGCAAAAGAAGCGUUCUCAAGCUGGUCGAAAAUUCCUGCGUUCAAGCGACGCGACAUUUUAUGGAAGGCUGCAGAACUGCUUCAGGAGAGAAAGAAGGAAUUAGAAGAAUCAUACCGACAUGAUACGCACGUUUCAGAAAUGAUAACUGAGUUUGAUAAUGGUAUGGCUGCCGAACACUUGAGAAGUGCAGCUACUAUAGCUACCGAGAUAAAGGGCGAGAUCCCUCCUGUUCUGGAAGGAACUCUAAGUCUCGUAACAAGGGUUCCAUACGGCGUUAUUUUCAGCAUGAGUCCUUUCAAUAUGGGAUCUAUUCUUGCUAUACGAACUUUCUGUUAUGCCCUGGCAUGCGGGAACACUGUUGUAUGGAAAGCCAACCCUACCGUACCUUCUCUACACAUGGGAUUGUGCAAAGUCAUGUGGGAUGCUGGAGUUCCCCCAGGUGCUUUGCAGAUGAUUCAUUUCGCCCCAGGUACAGAGCCAAAGCUCACUGAACAAGUCUUAGCUCAUCCUGAUAUCCGUCUUGUCAAUUUCACGGGCUCGACAAGAGUUGGAUCUAUAAUCGGUAGUUUGGCUGGUAAAUAUGUCAAACCUGCAAUUCUCGAGUUGGGAGGUAAUGCCCCUGCUCUUGUAUUUGCGAGUGCAGAUUUAAGAUUGGCGGCGAAUAAUAUCGUAUUUGGAGGCUUGGUCCAUUCGGGACAAAUCUGCAUGAGUACUUCACGGAUUGUAGUUGUCAAAGAAGCAGCGGACGAAUUGAUCAAAGAGUUGGAGAGUAUUGUAAAAGACAACUUCCCUCAUAUAGGCAAGAUGGGCCUUGCUACCCAAGGUGGUGUAGAUAAGAUGGUGCACUUAGUUGAGGAUGCCGUCAAAAAGGGUGCCGUUCCCUUGGGGCAUGCUAUCAGCAUUCAAAAACGACCUUCCUCAGAUCAUGAUGCCAUAGGAUAUACCCCCAUCAUACUUGAUCGUGUGACUUCCGAGCAACAGAUCUACACUGAAGAAACCUUCGGCCCAUCUUUGAUUGUCAUUCGAGCGAAAGAUGUAGAAGAUGCUAUAAGGAUUGCGAAUGACUCUGAUGUCGGGCUCAGCGCAAGUAUUUGGACAAGAGAUUACAAGCAAGCGUUGGAUGUCGCACAAAGAAUCGAAUGUGGUGCUGUUCACAUCAACAGUACCAGCGUACAUGACGAACCAGCUUUACCACACGGUGGAUUCAAGAACUCCGGCUUUGGAAGAUUCAACUCUAUGGCGGCUGGAAUGGCUUUCACUACCACCAAAAGUAUAACGAUGCAUGAGCCGAAGAUGCUUCCUCUGUCGGUGUUGGGAUAA